AGUUCCGCGUGCACUACGAGAGUUUUCGAUAGUCAUGACGUGAACUAAAAUAUAUUAAUACCUUCGAUAUCUCAUUUUUGUAUUUUCAUGCUUCGUUUUCAUUUGCGUCAUUUUUCUUUCUGUAUGUAUUAAAGCACGUGUUCUCGGCUUCUUUACACUUAAGAAUCAAAAACCCGGGUGCUGUGGACAGAGCGUUGAACUCUGACACCACCCAACUGUAACUGCGUAUCUCGUAACACCCAAGAGAGUAUUAAAACGCAACCACUCUAUUGUUGUAUUUCUCAUUUUCAAAACAUUAAAAAAAAGGAACAUAUUUUUGUGCAGAUUCGAAGACUUCUGGCCUUUCGUUGAGCAACGCAUUCUUUGCGCCAGCCUCACCAAAACAGUCAGCCAGGGCUUUUGUUCUGAACCGUCUUGUCUCUUUGGCGCUGAAGCGUACGCAUGGUACUAUUGUUUCUAAAACCGUUUCUGCAGGCACCAUGCGAAAGAACAACAGUGAACUUUUGGGUGUCAGCCAUGCCGCGACGGCGGUGGCGGUGCCGUCCCCACAAUCCGGACCGUUUCAGCGCUUUCAUCGUGACCAUUCAGCGCGGGUGACGAUGCCCUCGCUCAAACGCACACCCGCUGCGCCCAACAGAUUAUCCGCAAGUAGACGCGGAUACUAUGCGAAGCUUGUCUCCAUCGUAGUUGGUGCGUUACUUAUGAUGUGCAUCCUUUAUAACUCGAGUCGAUGCACCGUCACGGUUUCAGACGGAAAGAUGGGGCGACUGCACCUGAAGGACACGGACGAUGCUGCGCCCAUCGUGCCGGUGCAGCCCGUGCAGCUGGAGCCCGGGAAGGCCAACCCCAUCGCGCUCAUUAUGCCGCUCGUCGGCUACCCGCUGAGCAGCAGCACAGGAGUGGAGUUGCUGCGUGAGCUGCUGCAGCCGUUGCUGUUGUCGGAGGCGGCGCUGUGCUACCGCGCGGCCGACGGGGCGGCGGUGCCGGUGGUGGCGCACGCCGUCGUCGUGAGUCGCGUGUCGGCCACUGCGGUGCGGAGUGCGGUGCGUGGCGUGUUGGCGAAGGGCUCGACGACGGCGGGGUCGGCGGUGGCGGCGGCCGAGGCGGGCGGGUCGCUGACGUCCGGUGCGCGGUGGCGGACGUGGGAAGUGAGUGCUGCGUCGGUGCGCUCGGCCCUGCGACUGGCGAACACGAGCGACGGCAGCGGUGCGCGGUGCCUGGCGGAGGCGGUGACGGUGGUGGCGCACGCGGUGGAAGACGGCGGUGCGAUUUACGGCAAGGAGCCGGCGGAGACGCUGGAGGUGCUGGUGGACGCCGGUCUGCGGACGCGCGGCGGGGGUGCGGGGACGCACUUUGUGGUGCUGCCGUCCUUCUUGAGCGCGUCGAGGAUGGCGUACACGGAGCCGGACGAUGCGUCGGAGGCGCGGCGCGCGGGGACGGGGCUGUUGGAUGCGCUGCUGCGGACGGCGACGACGCGCAACGGCGGUCGUGU